AGUAUGUCGACACUUGAUCCAGGUCGACGUUUAAAAACCACGAAUCACUUGAUUCGCAUUGCAGUAUAUGUCAACACAAUAAGUCGUGACCACCUUCAAUUGCUUAAUUCUCUUUCUUGUGGUGCAGCAUUCGCGAAGUCGAAUUGCACCAUCGUAUUUUGUUGUCUUACUCAUAGUGGAUUUGAUGUUGAGGAUUUUGUGUUUAAAACACGUUGUCGUCGUCAAACUCUGAAUUUCUGA